UAAAGUUACUGUUUAUGUAGUUUUCACGGUUUUUGUAUUUGGUAAAAUUUUAUCUUGUUUCGAUUUUGAAUAAACUAUACCUAUUCGAAUUUGUAUUUUUUGUUAGUUAACAUAUAUGGGUGACUUUACUUGAAUUACAAAAAAUAUAUUUUAAAAGGCGCAAGUGAAAUCGCGACCCUCGACUAGUUCAGAAAAUAAUAAGACAAUGUCGUCUUCGAAACUGUGACAAUUCUGAUAAAAAAUUUAAAUUCAGCAUCUUAUCUCCCAGCUCCUCGCGACUAUAAUAAUAUUUAUGCGUAUAUAUUAUGGCCAAUUCGGCACUAAAAUUUUCACUAAGCUGUUCGAGAUUCAACAAUAAUGUCGUUCAAAACAUUCAAAUUAAUAAGUGCUCUCGUAUUCCUAACAUUUAAGCGCGGUGUAGCCACGGAAGACUCGUCCGGGACCGUACCAAGCUUUUCAUCAAUAGCUGAAGCCCUCGGAUACGAUUGCAUUGUUCACACGAUCACAACGAAAGACGGUUACAUACUCACUCUGUUCAAUAUACCGGGUAACAAAACCAGGCCGAUUUUUUUUAUGCACGGAUUCGGAGAUUCCUCACGCACGUUCAUAGUCCGAGGGAACACAUCUAUGUUGGUAUCCGUGGCCAAAGCCGGGUAUGACGUGUGGGCCGGGAACAUGAGGGGGAAUGAAUACUCCCGCGACCACGUGACGCUGAACGCAGAUAUAGACGUCGCGGCCUACUGGAAUUUUUCGUACCACGAAGUCGGCGUGUACGAUCUGCCCGCCCAAAUCGAUUACAUACUGAACAAGACCCAACAAAAUCGACUGAGUGUCAUAAGUCAUUCCCAAGGAAGCGCCGUAUUCUUCGUGCUCUUAUCCACUUACCCAGAGUACAAUGAAAAGAUUCGACCCCUAAUAACACUAGGGCCUUUAUCAUACGCUCAAAACAUACGACCUCCAGUUAGAUUAUUGAUUCUAAUCGCGCCCGUUUUGGAGGUAAUAUUCAAGGCAUUAAACCAGUACGAGCUGUUUGAUAGAACUACGAGACUCAUCGUAGAAUUGCUUUGCAGUCUCCGACCGUUCGGUGGUGAAUUGUGCGAAGCCAUACUGCUGAGCACGGCGGGACAAAGCGACGACACGUUCAAAGGAGGAUUCAUUCGCACGGUCAUAAAUUACUACCCGGUGAGCACUUCAGUUAAGAACAGCCUGCACGUUGCCCAAAACAGUAACAGCAGAAGGUUCGCCCAAUACGAUUACGGUCCGGCGGCGAACAUCGCUAGAUACGGCAACGCUCUUCCACCGGCUUACGAUCUGAGCAAAGUGAACUGCAGCGUAGCAAUUCUCAUGGCCAAAAACGACAAGCUGUCGCCAAUCGAAGAUAACGUGAUGUUAAAUAAUUCACUGCCUAAUGUUGUCGUAUAUGAGUUUGUUGAACGGAGCCCAAUGAAUCAUUACGACUUCGUGUGGGGCGAAGAUAUGUAUUUGAUCUUACAUCCGUUUAUUUUGAAAUUACUAGAGCGGUAUCAGUAAUGUAAGUUUUUUUAAGAACCGAUUUGCAUGAACCAUAUUUGUUAUAAUUAAUAUAUCUAGAAUAAGUUUUUUAUUAUAUCGUAUGCAAUGCACGUAGAAUUCAAUGCACCUACCAUUAUUUCCCCUGUAUAAGCUUUGGUGAGUGAUAGAGAAUGCUUUGCCAUUAAAUCCGGCAAUGUAUUAAAAUAGAUAAAGUGUAAUUAGCAAACAAAUAAAUAAAUAAAAUAUUCUUGUCACCCUAAAA